ACAAAAGAUGUUUUUUUUUAUGCUUCCAUAAGCAACAGGUUUAAGUAUUAUCCAAAAAACAGGGGUUCUUCUCCAUGGUUGAUGUUUGUCUUAGUUACACACUGAAUGGAAAACAUAAUUUCAAAUAUAUUAAAUGCAGCUAUGUAUUUCUGUGCAGCCAUAGUCAAUAAGGCAUAAACAAAGUUCCUCAUAUGACCUACUUUUUGAACGUUUAAUUGGCUGAAUGAUGUUUUGCGUACACAUGCAUUCUGCAGGUCUUCACCAAAUCAAACUGACUUUGCAAGCAGAAAGGCUCAUGUCUUCACUUAAACAUAGUAAAGUAAUUUCCUUGCAGAAAUAAAUUGCACCAUAGCACUAUUUCGGGGCAGCGUCAUGUUUUGUGACUGCAAUGCCAUUUUAGAGGCGAUGGGCGUUACUGGCCGGAGAUGGCGCUGUUGAGCAUAUAUUUUGUUUCAGUCCCGUUUCCCUCCAUGGUUUCCCCUCUCUCCGACUAACUUAGCGUUUGGCUCAGUUCAUUAUACAGUCCUAUAUUCUCCCUCCAUUAGGGCAUCUCUGCCUUUGGACUGAAGAUCCCACCAAAACCCAAGAGAGAAAAGUUUAACUUUCAUAGGGCAAGAUGGACAUGAAAAAGAGGAUCCACUUGGAGCUAAGAAACAGGACACCGUCUGAUGUACGAGAACUUGUCCUGGACAAUUGUCGAUCAGGUGAAGGAAAAAUCGAAGGCCUCACAGCUGACUUUGUCAACCUGGAGUUCCUCAGUUUGAUAAAUGUUGGCUUAAUUUCAGUCUGCAACCUGUCCAAACUAGGAAAACUGAAAAAGCUGGAGUUGAGCGACAACAGAAUCAGCGGCGGCCUUGAUGUUUUAGCAGAGAAACUACCGAACCUCACACAUCUAAACCUGAGUGGCAACAAAUUGAAAGACAUCAGCACAUUGGAACCAUUGAAAAAGCUGGACAACCUGAAGAGUUUGGACCUGUUCAACUGUGAAGUGACAAACCUGAAUGACUACAGAGAGAGCGUGUUCAAGCUGCUGCCUCAGCUCACCUACCUGGAUGGUUAUGACAUGGAGGACAGGGAAGCCUCCGACUCCGACGGAGAGGUGGAGGGAGACUGCGUAGAUGAUGAUGAAGAUGAAGAGGGCGAGGAGGAGGAAGAUGAGGACGGAGAGGAGGAGGACUUUGAUGAGGAAGAGGAGGACGAGGAAGACGAAGAGGAGGUAGAAGGAGAAGAGGACGACGAGGAAGUCAGCGGCGAAGAUGAGGAGGAAGACUUUGGCCAGGAUGGAGACGUAGAUGAAGAGGAUGAAGACGAGGAUGAAGAUGAAGAUGAAGCAGAAACUGGCAAAGGCGAGAAGAGAAAGCGAGAUCCAGAGGACGAAGACGAGGACGACGAUGACGAAGACGACGAUUAAGAGCGAAACUGAAAACGAGAGCCUACCGAGUUACCCCCCCCCCCCCACAAACCC